CAAACGAAAGAAGUAGAAGACAUGGCUGAAGUCGAAGACACUUUAAAGAGAAUUCAGAGCCAUAAGGGUGUUAUUGGCACAAUCGUCGUUAAUGGAGAAGGUAUUCCCAUCAGAACUACACUAGACAACUCCACCACUGUGCUGUAUGCCGGACUGCUGCAUCAACUGACUAUAAAAGCCAGAAGUACAGUGAGAGACAUUGACCCCCAGAAUGACCUGACAUUCCUGCGCAUCAGAUCCAAGAAACACGAGAUCAUGGUGGCGCCAGAUAAAGAAUACCUGUUGAUUGUGAUCCAGAACCCCAGUGAAUAACAUGGUCACUGUUAAACGACAUCAGGAGGUUUGCACACUGUUUUUGUCGGGGGUUUCACAUCGGCAUAGUAAAUAAUUUUCUUAAAUGUGUGAAUUUGUAUUAACAUGAUGUUCAUAAACAUGUAUGAUGUUUCGUAUGGUGUUCACCACUUGAGAUAAUCCAAGACUGCAACCUAUCUGUUAUCCUCAAGUUAUUUAUGAAAUUAUAACGUUUGAUUGUGCGGUGUCAUUGAUUACAUGUAAUAUUGUCAAUAAAUAAGUGAAUCCAUGUUUGUUAAAGGUCUUCUAAAUGUAAAUUGAGUUUCUCUGGCUUCAUAACAAUUUUAUGAUAUGGCUAAAUGAAUGGUUGUUUUCGUUCCCCUCACGCAGUAAAUUCAAGUUUAAUAGAUACAAUAUCCACUAGAGGGAUCCACUUUAUUGCUGCUUCUUUGCUUCUCUGAAAUAUUGCUGGUUUAAUCAGUUGUAACAGCAGCAGUCUGGUUUACUAUACACUUCUAGUUCAAAAGGUAAUGGGAUGUGUUUGUGGAUGCAUAUCAUUUAAAUGCAUUUGUUCCUUAGGAAACAAACACUGCACAUUUAAUAAAAUUACACUGGAUAGAUGAGAUGAGAUGGAUGUCAGCUGGAACUUUUGGGUUCACAUUUCUUUUGUGUUGGAGUAGCCCAAGUGUAUUUGCCUGCGGGUAUAGUGUUGUGUUUUGAAAGGCAUAAUGUGACCUGAAACUUUAUGCUCUAAUUAAUAUCAGGCCACAUCCACACUACUCCAUUUUCAGUUUCCUAACGUCAUCGUUUUAUUAUGGAAGUCAGAUCCUGCCAUGGUAUUAAAAAAAAUAAAA